AUGGAUCUUCUGCCUACCGAGCUGCUCCUACUAACGGGAGAUUAUAUACAUGACUUGCCGACGAAGCGUGCUUUAAGCGAAUGCUCUCGGAGAUUCCGUCAAAUUUUCCAACCUCUACUCUAUACAUCGAUUACAUUCGGCCCAGCGAGAAGCAUCCCGUUGAUAGUUCAAAACCUCUGCAGAGAACCAUAUUUGGCGAGUCGUGUACGCCAUAUAACACUUGCACACGACUGCGAACAUUGGAACAGGCUUCACCAAUCAGAAAUCGGUCGUGGGAUAGACUCCACUUUGAUCCACAGAAUUCUGAACGAAACAUUUGAAACAAAGACAGAGAAGACCAGAUGGAAGAAGUAUCUUAACAGCUUCUGUGGUGUGGCUUGGGUGGGCCUGCUGUUAACUCGCCUGAGUCGCUUGGAAACACUUUUGCUGGCAUAUGAUCAUGAUGAACUACUGCAAGACAUCCUGGAAAAGGCAGCCAUGCGCCAGCGGCCUUUUCACAACACUCCUCCAUUUCCCUGUCUACGAAGAGUUCAGAUUAGCUCCCUUGCUGCGUGGAAACCGGUAACUACGGACUUUGUAUUGCCGUUUUUGUAUUUCCCAGCUGUUCGCGAAGUGCUCGCAUAUAAUAUUCAAGAGCGGCCUUUAGACCAAAUCCAAAGGUCUUUGGCUCAACUUACGAUAGACAGCCCUAUGUGCCAAGUCACUCGAGCUGGUGUUAUGAUGGGGGCUUCUGAUCCCACAGGAAUGGCCAAAUGGGCUAAAAUGUGCCCUAAACUCGAGCAUUUCCAUGUUGUACUUUAUUAUCCUUCUAAUUUGCAUGAUGGGCCCUUGGAUAUAGAAGCCUUCCGCCAGGCGCUUCUUCAAGCUAAAGAUACCCUGAAGUCUCUUCGCCUGGGCUUCAUGUGGACGGCUUCAAAAGGAUCUGAUUAUCAAACUCCAUCAAUGGUGCAAUGCGAUCUGUAUGGCCUACUCGGAUCCUUGAAGGAGUUUCGCGUACUCCAACAGCUUUCUAUUCCGCACGCUAGCCUCGUGGGACUCAAGUUUAACAAUUCAGGAUCAUUCACAGGCCAGCUUCCUUGCUCACUAGAGGUGCUAGAAAUCACAGGUGUCGUUGUGGUGGGCUGUUUUACGCUUAUCGCGUCUUACCUUGCGGAGCUGGUGAGAUAUCGAGUUGAUUUGGUACCUCGGCUUCGACUACUUGUGCUUAAGCUGGGCCCAAUGGUGAGGUCGCUACUGGGUACGGCUUUUUUGAGGUUGGUAUGUGAGGCCGCUGGGGUCGAGUUGGAAAUUCAAGAUCUAGACUUCUGA